AUGCCUGUGCCCUUCUCCCUACUCCCCAUCCUCAUCUGCAUCCUAACUCUUCUCCCUCCCACCACCGUCAUCGCCCAACCCUUCAGCCGCUCACUCCCAAUUAACACAACCCUCAAAUCCCUCGUCUACUCAGGCUCUGGCUGCUCACCUGGCACGGUCUCCUCCUCCCUAACGUCUAGUGCUUUAACCCUGUCCUUCGACAACAUGUACGCGCAAAUCGGGCCCGGAGUCCCGGUUUCCCAGAACCGGAAGAACUGUCAAAUAAAUGUAGAGAUUGUGACAGAUGCACUAUGGAGGUUUGUUGUUGGCUGGGAUGCGAGUGGUGCAGGGGAGAGAGAGAUGGGCACGAGGAUUAUGGGGAAUAUGAUGUUGGAGGAAGGAGUCAAUGCAACGUUUAGUGCUGGGUAUGAGAUGUUGGCAGGUGUGGAGGCGGGAAAGAGUUCUUCCAACACUACCUUCCACGGGCCCUUAUCUGGCGCCUUCGACCAGAAACUACUGGCCUUGGACGGCGGGGAAGACGGUGUGGUUAGUAAAUGUGGAGGUGGGAUUUUGAGGGUCACAGACCAGUUAAGGUUGAUGGCGCCGAGGAAUGCGAGCGUGAGUGGGAGCUUAGGGCCACAAGAGGGAAGUGCGAAGUUUGUACAAGAGACGAGGUUGGCGUGGAGGGCAUGUUGA